UGUUUGUUACUCUCUACCAAAAACCACCACCAACAAUUCAUAUAAUACUAACAAACAAAAAGAAAAGCAACUUGUCUCCAUCAAUCUUACCAGCAGCAUACCAUCCCAAUCCCAUUGUUCAUUCAUCCUUCCUUCUUUGCUUCCUCUCACUCUCUUUCUCCAUUGUAUUUGUUCUUAAGCCUUAACCAAACCCAUCUCAAUUCUCCAUUUGCCUUUAAAAGAAAUCCUUUUUAGUUUUAGUUAUAGUUUCACUGCCCCAUUUUUGUACUCUUUCAGUCUUUCUCCAAUCCCACACAUUCAGAUCCUUUUUUUGACCCCAUCCCAUUAUUGCUUUCUCGUUUAUUUACAGCAAUGACUCGCUUGUUUCGAUCCAAAUCUUGUGGACUGGUGGAGUUCAACCCUUCUCCACCAAGUCCAUUUUUCCACAACGUGAAGGAUGAGGAAGAUGAUGAAGAUGAUGAAGAGGAAGAGGAAGAAGAAGAAGAAUUGUACAAUGAUGAUGAAGAUGAUUACUGGAGCAACCCUGUUUCAACACCACUCAUCAAUCCUGCAGGUUCAAAAGACAAAGGUAAUUGGCGUGGGCAGUCUCACAAUCAGAACCAGAACCAGUUUGCAAUACUGGAUAUUCUGGUGGCUGCUCUGAAGAAGUCACUGGUCACAUGCAGUGUGGACAGGGAAGAUGUUUCUUCCUUAGAUAUUAGCUGGCCAACGGAGGUUCGCCAUGUCUCUCAUGUUACCUUUGAUAGGUUCAAUGGCUUUCUCGGUUUACCUACUGAGCUUCAGCCAGAGGUUCCUCAGAAGGUGCCUAGUGCCAGUGCAAAGGUAUUUGGAGUUUCAGCAAAGUCAAUGCAGUGCUCUUAUGAUGAAAGGGGGAACAGUGUCCCAACCAUUCUGCUGAUGAUGCAAAACCGAUUGUAUUCAGAGGGAGGCCUAAAAGCAGAAGGAAUAUUCCGAAUUAAUGCUGAUAAUAGCCAAGAAGAGUUUGUUCGUUGUCAGUUAAACAGAGGUCUAGUGCCACGUGGAGUGGAGGUUCAUUGUUUAUCUGGUUUGAUAAAGGCUUGGUUUAGAGAGCUUCCAACUGGGGUACUUGAUUCUCUCACCCCAGAACAAGUGAUGCACUGCAACUCAGAAGAGGAUUGUACUAAUCUUGUGAAGUUACUCCCUUCAACUGAAGCUGCACUACUUGACUGGGCAAUCAAUUUGAUGGCAGAUGUUGUUGAGCAUGAACAGUUCAACAAAAUGAAUGCACGCAAUAUUGCUAUGGUUUUCGCCCCCAACAUGACACAGAUGGUCGACCCUUUGACUGCAUUGAUUCACGCGGUGCAAGUCAUGAACUUCCUUAAGACGUUGAUUCUGAAGACCCUUCGAGAAAGAGAUGAAUCAAUGGCGAAAGCGAGACAGCUUUCAUCACUCUUAAAUUCUCCCUCCUGCAAAGGUGAUUCCCAUCCUUUCAAAGAUAACAGGGAGGAAUCUAGUGCACAACCAGUGGAUACUUGUGCAACAAUGCCACCUGACAAAAGCGAGUUCUCAAGAAUGGAAUGGUGUGUUGAUGAGAAGGUUUGGAGCUCUGAGGAAAAAGGAACCGGAGGCGGCGCAUUGGAAUCUGUUUCAGGUGGUAGCUCACCUUCUAGAUAUGAGAGUGGUCCUUUAGAAAGUAGAUAUAGAGGUAUAUAUGACAGUGAACAUUGGCUGAGAUUGAGAAAAGGAGUGCGCAGGCUAUGCCAACACCCUGUGUUUCAACUGAGCAAGUCUACUAAGAAGCGUGCAGACCUUGGCAUUGUAAAUACUAGAGAAGGAGGAGGAGAGGCUUGGGCCUAAAGUAGCUGUUAUAUGCUCUGGUUUUAUAGUUUGUGUGAUUGAGAUGUAUAGAUCAUGUUUGAGUGAUAUUGUAUGUAGCAUAGCCUCAGGUGUAACUGCUGCUUUUGGUGUCUAUGUAGAAUGAAAGUUCAAUAGAUGUUUAGAAACGUGUUGAAUAUCUGAUUUAACAAGAAUUUCUUAGUAAUCAUAGCAGUAUUAUCUCAAUAAUCAUGUGUUUAGGUGAAAGGACGCAAAAUUUCUUAAUAAUCAUGUGUUUCAUUUAAACUUC